AUGGAGAACUUUCACUGUUUUGAUAGCAAUGAUUCACAUUUGCCUCCAGGUUUUAGAUUCCACCCAACUGAUGAAGAACUGAUCACUUACUAUCUACUAAAGAAGGUUCUCGACUGUAAUUUCACUAGCAGAGCCAUUGCUGAAGUUGAUCUUAACAAGUGCGAGCCCUGGCAACUUCCUGGGAAAGCAAAGAUGGGAGAAAAAGAAUGGUACUUUUUCAGCCUCCGGGAUCGGAAAUACCCAACUGGGUUAAGGACUAAUCGCGCAACAGAAGCUGGAUACUGGAAGGCUACCGGAAAAGACAGGGAAAUUUACAGCUCAAAGACUUGUUCACUGGUGGGUAUGAAGAAAACCCUAGUUUUCUAUCGUGGAAGGGCUCCAAAGGGUGAAAAGAGCAACUGGGUUAUGCAUGAGUACCGUCUUGAAGGCAAAUUAGCAUAUCACUACUUGUCUAGAAAUUCCAAGGAUGAGUGGGUGAUUUCUCGAGUGUUUCAGAAGAGUGGCCAAGGAAGCGCAACCGCCUCCGGAAGUAGCAAGAAGCGGCUGACAACCUGCUUCAACCCUUUUUCUGAAGUUAGCUCUCCCUCUUCAGUUUCUCUGCCGCCGCUCCUCGAGUCCCCAGCCGCCAUCACUGACCAUGAUAGCUGUUCAUACGACGGCAACCCCACUAAUACCAAGGAGCACGUGCCCUGUUUCUCCACCGCUGCACCACCCAGUUUCAACCAUAACUCUUUCUUUGAGCUCCCGCCGACCACCAGUCAGAAUAUCUUCGCCGCCGAUCACUCAUCUUCUUCAUCCAGUUUUACUAGAAACAACAUUGGUGGAAUCUCCUCUUUUCCCAGUUUGCGGUCUCUCCAAGAAAAUCUUCAGCUGCCUUUCUUUUUCUCUGCUGUGGCUCAUCCACCAAUGCACAGCGGCGUUACUGAUCAGAUGACUGGUUACGGCCCUGUUAGCCACUGGCCACCGCUGGAGAAUCAGAAAAUGGGUCCCACUUCUACUGAGCUCGACUGCAUGUGGAGUUGCUAA